UCUUCGGUAGAUGUACAGUACGUACAUCAACAAUGCUGGUCAAUGUGUUAUUCUCGGAGUCCAUAUGAUCAUGCCUCGCUCGACUCGGAGAGCGGCAGCUCAAGGACACGCAGCAGAAACAGCAAACGAUGUACUUGUCGUCAUCGAUGCCGAGGAACUCCGGGCAUCAGGAAUCCGUAUCAGUCGCCGUCUUUCCUGGGAAAAGACAGUCGAAGACCUGACCACUCAAUUCUUUCAUGGAAAGCAUCUACCGGAUAAUCUGAAACCACUGGCGAAAGCUAUGCACGUGCUUGUUCGAUUUGGUUAUGAGGGCGCCAUCUAUCGCCACAAAAAAGCAGUCGACCCUUCAAGUGCCCCAGCAGCACAAAUCAAUGACAGUGUAGACGGCACGGUACAAAACGGUUCAGCCUCUUCAGGCAACACCUCGCCAACAGGCAGUCCACAAUACACUCCAAGCAGCUCCCGAGAAUCGUCACCUUUACCGGAAAAGGGCACGGAAAAUGACGAAUACUUAUUCUUCUUCGAGCCUACUCAGAUAGAAGGCGACUUUUCUCGAUCAUUGCCCAAGGAAUCCAAAGAAGAUUAUGAAUGGAAACUGAAAGACCUCUUCGUUGCCGGACUCACAGCGUCCCUGGCAAAAGAGUCUCCCAAGUCGAUCAAGCACCUCAGCGGUUAUCAAGUGCGUCUCGGUGUCAUCAAUGGUCUAACCUGGGCCCGGAUAUUUGGAUCUUACUUGCGCGAAAAAAGGAAGAAGAGCAAAAAGAGUGCGGAAGAGAAGCAGAUUGAAGAGCCAGCUGCCGUUCCCAAGAUCGGAUUUGUCGAAGGCCCAAAGUACAAAGUGGCAGAGGCUUCCCAGUGGUCCAUCUUCACAGACCUUCUGGACAAGCACAAAUUCGAUGCAAAGAAUAAGAAGCCUGCAGUAGACGAAGCCAGGGGAGAAGGGGAUGGUACACCAAAUCCAGAAGGAACAGAAAGGAAGCCCACACCGGAUGGUUGGGAGAUCGCCAAAAAGGCUGCCAACGACAUCGCCCAAAACGGACUCAAAGGCUUGCUGUCCCAAGUGCCAACGGUUUCCUACGGCAAGCUUACGACGGCAGACAGACACGAGGCAGAAAGCUACAGGGCUAUUGCCGGUCUAGUCGAGGGGUAUCUGGGUGUUGAAAAGCAAAAGAAACCCAUUUCAAUCAGCGUCUUUGGUCCGCCGGGAGCCGCAAAGUCUUUUGGAGUCAAGGAGCUGGUCAAGCCAAUUGGGGAAGCACUGGGCCGCAAAGUUACAGAACUUACAUUCAACCUGUCUCAAUUUAUGGACUAUGCGGAUCUGCUGGCUGCCUUCCAUAAAAUCCGCGACACGGUUUUGAACGGCGAAAUUCCCCUGGCCUUCUUCGAUGAAUUCGACACAGCCUUCGGCGAACAAAAGUUGGGCUGGCUUCGGUACUUUCUCGCGCCGAUGCAGGACGGCGAGUUUCUUGAAAAUGGCCAGGAUCGUCCCAUUGGCAAGGGGAUCUUCGUGUUUGCCGGAGGCACUUGCGCAACCUAUGAGGAAUUUGUUGGCAACUUUUAUGAUGGAGAUUCCACGAGAGCCAAAAAGCCCGACUUCGUGAGCCGGCUUCGCGGAUACAUCAACAUUCUUGGACCCAAUUCUCUGAAUUACGAUCCUGCUCAAAAGACGCACAUCCCAGAGGACAUCUCUGCACAUGAAAUUUCUAUCUCGGGCACCUUGAAUAUCCCAUGUGAUAACAAUGUGGAUCCUUGGAGAACUCUGCAAAUUCCCCCUCUCAACAUCCCACAGUUCACCAUCAGCAGGCUGGACAGCGGCAAACCAACGAUCCAAAGUCUCAGCAUUCCAGGCUUCACAAUCGCCAAAAGAGGUGAAAAUGCGUCCAUAGAGACAAACAUUACAGUUGCUGAACAGAAUAUGGGAAAUUUGAGCAUCAAUAUCGUGAAGCGAGAACAUCGACGAGAUACAAUGUACCCCGUUCGACGAGCCAUUCCUCUGCACAGCCUCCUCAGUCGACUACCCGGGAAGAAAGACCCAACUGUUCAAACAGAAUUACUCAACGGUCUGUUGACAGUCCCGGGUUACAAAUUCGGUACACGCUCCUUGGAAUCGAUUCUGGCCAUGAGCACGUGGACCAAAUCGAACAACAUCACCAUGUCCGAUCUCCCAUCUACUCUCCAGCUUGAGAUGCACGUGGAUGUUGAAGCUCUAGAAGGCCAAAUGGAUCCUAAAUCUGUUAUCGGACGCAAUCCUUCGGAGGUCACUCCCCAGCCGAUUGAUGAAAGUUUGGAUAUGCUUUAUCGUCUUACUGAUCAGGUUCCGCGACUUGUGUUUGGUGAUGUUGACAAGCUUUUGGCAGGUUUCUGGGGCUCUUGAUUCCGCUUUAGUAUUUUAUUCCUAUUUUGCAUCCUUGAAAUUUGUCGUUUUUUUUUCAUUUUGAUUGUUUUGUCUGUUGUAUCUAAGCUCCAUCCAGAUUGUUUCUGAGGGAACCAAUAGCUGAAAACACUGUUCGAAGACCAGAUGAUUAUGGGCGUCUUUUCUAUAUUCAAGUGAGAUGGGCUUAGUAUCAUUGAUUUAGCCCCCGUGGAGAAUAUUAGAUGAUUGGAGACACUCCCA